CUCCUCCAUGAAAAACACAGAAAUAUUUCCUGUUGUUUUGGUGGUAUCUGCCGAUCAAAUUGCACAUUUCUAGGACGUUGGAUCAAGAUUUGUUUCGAUCUAGAUCAGUUCAAUAAGAGAUCAGUAUGACGGAUUACAGCGCCCCAGCACCAGGUCAGUACGCAGUGACCACAGAGACUACAACAAGCUCGGCACCACAGUCACAACCUUCCAUCGGCCUGGACAAGGAAUGGCUAAAGAGCAUGCCAUCGUACCUCAAGAUCGCAGAAAUGGUAUUAGAUUUGAUCCUGUUUAUCUGUGCUAGUGCCAACAUCUACUUCUCCAACUCUGGCGGGGGCUGGGUCCAGUUUGUGGCAAUUUCUGCCCUCAUUACAACACUGCUAUUCUUCCUCUUCCAUCUCCUCAGAGUUAUCGGCCGACUGCCUGGUCCCUGGGGUAUGAUUGAGUUCAUCUACUACAUUGUAUAUGAUGUAUUAAUAUUGAUUGCGGCCAUCGUAGCAGCUGCUCUCACCGGAACUACGAAUCCUAACGGCAACGGUGCUAUUAUAGCAUCUGCUCUGUUUGGCUUUGUAACACUGAUAGUGUACCUUGUAGACACAUUCUUUAUGUACCGGGCCUGGAAGGCUGGUACGCUGACAGCUGGAAGUGGUAAUACCACAAUGCAUACCACCACUACAUCUUCAACCACGUACGAAACACGCACCCAGUACUAGGCCAGACACCACGUCCUGCAGCCAGAAAGUACGACAGUAUAUCUAGGCUCAUCAGGACGCCAUGAAAAAUGUAUUGCUGAAGAUUUGCUUCAUGUUUUUCUAGGUUACAUCAAAACACUUCUACUUCAUUGAUGUGUUGAUUACUGUUACAGAUAUCUAAACAAUGUAGUGAAUACAGUGGUUCUAUGGACGAAUGUCCGGGCUUUACAUUAACCAAUAUUCAAAUUUUGCUUAUUUUUUUCAAAAUUGCUGCAUUGUAGGUAUGUUCUUUUCACAAGCAGUGAAAUAUUUGUUUCCACUAAAAAGACAGUUUGUAACUUUUUUCUGAUAUAUGCUAUAAAAAAAAUUUAAACAUAAAAAAAACUGAAUAAGCCGAAUUCAUAACAGUCAUAAUCACCUAAGUAAGUAUAUAGUGUCACGAGUUGUGAUGGGAUGUGAUAAAUGUUGAUAAAAUGUGUAGAGUUAUUUCCCUUUGAUCACUGGCUGUUGAGUGUUGAGAGCAGAUAAACUUUGUGUCACUGGUAACGUAUUUUACCUCAGGUAAUUCAUGAGACCUAGUCGUUAGGCUGAAACAAGCUCUAGAUAUAGUAUAUCAUGUGACUGUUUACCCAGUACUCACCAGAAACAAGCUCUAGAUAUAGUAUACCAUGUGACUGUUUACCUAGUACUCACCAGAAACAAGACCUAGAUAUAGUAUAUCAUAUGACUGUUUACCUAGUACUCACCAGAAACAAGCUCUAGAUAUAGUAUACCAUGUGACUGUUUACCUAGUACUCACCAGAAACAAGCUCUAGAUAUAGUAUAUCAUAUGACUGUUUACCUAGUACUCACCAGAAACAAGCUCUAGAUAUAGUAUAUCAUAUGACUGUUUACCUAGUACUCACCAGAAACAAGCUCUAGAUAUAGUAUAUCAUAUGACUGUUUACCUAGUACUCACCAGAAACAAGCUCUAGAUAUAGUAUAUCAUAUGACUGUUUACCUAGUACUCACCAGAAACAAGCUCUAGAUAUAGUAUAUCAUGUGACUGUUUACCUAGUACUCACCAGAAACAAGCUCUAGAUAUAGUAUAUCAUAUGACUGUUUACCCAGUACUCACCAGAAACAAGAUCUAGAUAUAGUAUAUAAUGUGACUGUUUACCUAGUACUCACCAGAAACAGGUGUCUGUAAACGUGUUGUACCUACGUGGGGUUUUUGUAGUUAUCGCUGUUAAAAUAUAUAGACGCUAUGUGGGGAUUGGAACUAGUGUAGAAUUUAGCAUUUAUUGAUGCACCCUUUUCUCACUGUACUGUGGUGUACGAUAUCUGAGACUACAGCAUAUACAAAACAUGCAAUGAUAGAAGUAGUUCAGUGAAGUUUUUUGUUUGUGAGUGUAUAUCAUGUUUGCUAUUUAACAAAUCUGGUUGUGUAUGGAUGAUUUUGUUUUUUCCUAGUUCAGAACUAAUAUUUCAAAAAUGCUGUCAAAAGUUUCAAACUUGUCAAAAGAUAAUUUGUGAUCACAAUUAGUAUGUGUACCACCAACUUUAAAAACUUUUGUGAAACUAUUAAAGCAUUUGUUCCAAUUUGUGUGAAUGUACUUGAUUAAGAAAAUAAUUUUAAUCUAGCUCUAUGCAAGUGUCUUUUUUGUGAAAAGGCAGUACUCAUCCUUUGGUUAUUACUAGAAAUAUUUUAUUUCACAGAAUAUGUUUCUAAAUUUUAGCAUAAUAUUAAGAUUCAAGUAAACAUAAAUCUAUUUUUUGGCAUGCGCAUGUCAAUUUAUAUAUUAAACUAUAUACAUGUACUAAAAUUACCAAAUUAAAGCAUUUAUUUUUAUUUUUGAAGAAAAACUAUAUCUGAGAAUUUUCAUUUAGCAAGGUUUGGAACACUUAUAUAUCCUUUAUAAUUUGGCUAUUGAUUAUGUACAUAUAAUUGUUAUUUUGAGGAUAUGUGAACAAUGGUCAUUUAACAAAGAAUACUCUAAUUAGUCAUUAAUGCUGGAAAAAAUGAUCUUACAGUGAUAUUACUCUGUUUAAUGUCAAAUCUCCGUAAUGACUUACUGUUUAGCCCUGGGACAUUCUUAUGAAGUGAUGUCUCAGUUUUAAAACCAGAUGUAUAUGAUAUGUUGAGAUCUAUGUUGUUAUUGUGGUAUAUUAGGAUGUGGGUCUGAUGAAGAUGAUGUACCAGUAGUAUGCUGGGAUAUCUGUAUCUGUAACAAGUUGUCUAGGAUAAAUUGUAUAAAAUACCGGGUAUUUUUGUCUGUAUGAAAUUGCAAAUAUUUAUAUGAAAUUUGAAAUAGCUGUUUUUAAUAUGGAAACAAAAUUCUUUGAUUCUUUAUUUGUAUAAAGAUCUGUACAUGUACAUUGUUUAUUGUAAAAGCUGAAGGUCACUCAGGUGAUCAAGCUGAAGGUCACUCAGGUGAUCGAGAUGAAGGUCACUCAGGUGAUCAAGAUGAAGGUUUCUUUACAUUUAUGUUACUGUGACAUUUACAUCACACAGGUAAAAUGUUAUUACUGUAUUCUCCUGUACAGUUAUUUUGGUGAGGACGGUAUUUCUCUGAUUCAUUAGGGAUUUAAAUGAUCGCAAAAAUUCAGCUGUGAAAUAAACGCACAUGCAUAAGUAUUAUGCACAUUUUCUAUUGAUCUAAUUGGUCUUCAUCCUGUGGUUGUUGUCACUACCAAAGCUUUGUCUAAAAUGAUCUAAUGUUGUUUCGACAAUUAUUUUAAAAAAAUUGAUAAUUAUUAUUGAAUCUUUGGUGUUAUAAACGAUAUAUUUUAGCAAUGUUAAACAAGAGAUGCUGAAACAAAACCGUACUAGAAAUACUAGAUUUAAUCUGUUGAUUUCUGCAGUGUAAACAAACUUUUUUCUAAACAAAUCAAGUUUAUAAUUGAAUACUGUGCAACCUUUUCUGAAUGGUGAUUCAGUUCAGAUAGCAGUUCUGGGAUAUGAGAAAUAGGCGACAACCAUUUUGUUUGUAGUGUCUUUGUGCCAUGACCUAGUGUACUAUCUACAGUAUAUAUAUAAUGUAUAUAACUGGAUCACCUGUAUUUAUGGCAGCUUUGUGUUGUGAUGGUAGUAUAGAGCUGUGUCACAGUCUGUUAGCAUUGUAUAACGGUUGUUAAUAUCCCUCCUUAGCUCAAUUUCAUUCUGAUAUGUGAAUUAAAAAAAAAUUAAAGAUCAAAUAUUAGUGAUUCAUAUUGAAAUCUGAUGCCUUUGAAGGCUGUUCUAUUUAAUGAACGUGUACAAAAUUCUGUUCUUUCAUAAUUUAUUGAUUUCAAUUCAAUAACAGAUUUGAUAUCUUUU